GGGUCAUUAACACUUACACUGUCUGCUCCUUUCUAGGUUAGACGUUUUGUCUCAUCCAGUUCCUGUUUUCUUUCUGUUGGGAGUGGAAAAGAAAAAGGAGGCAUGAGGAAGUCAAGAGCCAGACCAUGCUGGAGGGCAAGGAUAAAGGAAGAGAAGGCAGCAGCAGCAGAAUGGAGCUGCAGCAAUGAGCAGGGAUUCAGAUAUUGAGAUUUUUGGGGUGGCUGCCCCUUUUCUACGAAAAUCUGAGAAGGAGCGAAUAGAGGCUCAAAACCAACCCUUUGAUGCCAAGACCUAUUGCUACGCGGCUGAUACGAAGGAAGAAUAUACCAAAGGAAAAAUUAAGGGCACUGAAGGUGGCAAAACAACAGUGGAGACAAAUGAUGGCAGGACGCUGACUGUCAAGUCAGAGGAUGUGUAUGCUAUGAACCCACCUAAGUUUGACAAAAUUGAGGACAUGGCGAUGCUGACGCACCUCCACGAACCUGCAGUUUUGUAUAACCUUAAAGAUCGCUACAGCUCCUGGAUGAUUUAUACCUACUCGGGUCUCUUCUGUGUCACUGUCAAUCCAUACAAAUGGCUGCCUGUGUAUAAUCCAGAAGUGGUGGCUGGUUAUCGGGGCAAAAAGCGCCAAGAGUCCCCUCCCCACAUCUUCUCCAUCUCUGACAAUGCCUAUCAGUUCAUGCUAACUGAUCGUGAAAACCAGUCUAUCCUGAUCACUGGAGAAUCUGGUGCUGGAAAGACUGUUAACACCAAGCGUGUCAUCCAGUACUUUGCAACAAUUGCAGCUGGAGAAGGAACCAAGAAAAAGGAUUCACAAUCCAAGAUGAAGGGGACACUUGAAGAUCAAAUCAUCAGUGCCAACCCCCUAUUGGAGGCUUUUGGGAAUGCCAAGACUGUGAGGAAUGACAACUCCUCCCGCUUUGGCAAAUUCAUUCGGAUUCAUUUUGGUACCACUGGAAAGCUGGCAUCUGCAGAUAUUGAGACCUAUCUGUUGGAAAAGUCAAGAGUAACUUUUCAGCUGAAGGCUGAGAGAAGUUACCAUAUUUUCUAUCAGAUUCUCUGCAAUAAGAAGCCAGAACUGAUUGAAAUGCUUCUUGUUACAACAAACCCUUUUGACUAUCCAUUUAUAAGCCAAGGUGAGAUUACAGUCCAAAGCAUUGAUGACCAAGAAGAGCUAAUAGCUACAGAUACAGCUAUAGACAUCCUGGGCUUCACUUCUGAUGAGAAGGUUGCAAUCUAUAAACUGACUGGGGCAGUGAUGCAUUAUGGGAACAUGAAGUUUAAGCAGAGACCACGAGAGGAGCAGGCAGAGCCAGAUGGCACUGAAGUGGCUGACAAGGCAGCUUAUCUGAUGGGCCUAAAUUCUGCAGAUUUGUCGAAAGCCUUGUGCUUUCCCCGAGUCAAAGUGGGAAAUGAGUAUGUGACCAAAGGUCAAACUGUGGACCAGGUGCAUCACGCUGUCAAUGCCCUUUCUAAAUCCGUCUAUGAAAAGCUGUUCUUCUGGAUGGUAGCUCGCAUCAAUCAACAGCUGGAUACAAAGUUGCCCAGACAGCACUUCAUUGGGGUUUUAGAUAUUGCAGGCUUUGAAAUCUUUGAGUACAACAGCCUGGAGCAGCUGUGUAUCAACUUCACCAAUGAAAAAUUGCAACAGUUUUUUAACCACCACAUGUUUGUGCUGGAGCAAGAGGAAUACAAGAAGGAGGGAAUUGAAUGGACUUUUAUAGACUUUGGAAUGGAUUUGGCUGCCUGCAUUGAGCUUAUUGAGAAGCCAAUGGGCAUUUUUUCCAUCCUGGAAGAGGAGUGCAUGUUUCCUAAGGCAACAGAUACUUCUUUCAAGAACAAGCUCUAUGACCAGCAUCUUGGGAAAUCUGCCAACUUCCAGAAGCCUAAGCCUGCCAAAGGCAGAGUUGAGGCCCACUUCUCCCUGUUGCACUAUGCUGGCACUGUGGACUACAAUGUCACUGGCUGGCUGGAGAAGAACAAGGACCCUUUGAAUGAAACUGUUGUGGGGCUAUAUCAAAAGUCUUCAAUGAAAAUUUUGGCUAAUCUUUAUGCCACCUUUGCUGCUCUAGAUGAUGGGGAAGGUGGUGGUAAGAAGAAAGGAGCCAAGAAGAAGGGGUCUUCUUUCCAAACUGUUUCCGCACUUUUCAGGGAAAACUUGAACAAAUUGAUGUCCAACUUGCGGACAACUCACCCACAUUUUGUGCGCUGCAUCAUCCCCAAUGAAACCAAAACUCCAGGUGCAAUGGAUCACAAGCUUGUCCUGCACCAACUGAGAUGUAAUGGUGUGCUUGAAGGCAUUCGAAUCUGCAGGAAGGGAUUUCCAAACAGAAUCUUAUAUGGAGAUUUUAAACAAAGAUACCGCGUUCUGAAUGCUAGUGCUAUCCCAGAGGGCCAGUUUAUGGACAGCAAGAAAGCCUGCGAGAAACUGCUGGGAUCUAUUGAUAUUGAUCACACACAGUACAAAUUUGGACACACCAAAGUGUUCUUCAAGGCUGGAUUGCUGGGCCUUUUGGAAGAGAUGCGAGAUGAUCGUCUAGCAUUGCUCAUCACCCGCACACAAGCUAUGUGCAGGGGAUACCUCAUGAGAGUGGAAUAUAAAAAAAUGGUGGAGAGAAGGGAAGCUAUCUUCACCAUUCAGUACAACAUUCGCUCAUUCAUGAAUGUCAAACACUGGCCUUGGAUGAAGCUGUUCUUCAAGAUUAAGCCACUGUUGAGGAGUGCAGAGUCAGAGAAAGAAAUGGCCACAAUGAAAGAAGAGUUUCAAAAAACCAAAGAAGAACUUGCUAAAUCUGAAGCCAAAAGGAAGGAGCUGGAGGAAAAAAUGGUGUCUUUGUUGCAAGAGAAAAAUGACUUGCAGCUCCAAGUGCAGUCUGAAAGUGAAAGUUUGGCAGAUGCUGAGGAAAGGUGUGAUCAACUGAUCAAAACCAAAAUCCAGCUGGAGGCUAAAAUCAAGGAGCUGACUGAGCGAGCAGAGGAUGAAGAAGAGCUGAAUGCAGAGCUGACAGCCAAGAAAAGGAAACUGGAGGAUGAGUGUUCUGAACUAAAGAAAGAUAUUGAUGACCUUGAGCUAACACUGGCCAAGGUUGAAAAAGAAAAGCAUGCCACUGAAAACAAGGUUAAGAACUUAACAGAAGAAAUGGCAGUUUUGGAUGAAACUAUUGUGAAAUUAACCAAGGAGAAGAAAGCCCUCCAAGAGGCCCAUCAGCAAGCUCUUGAUGAUCUACAAGCUGAAGAAGACAAAGUCAACACUCUCACUAAAGCCAAAACCAAGCUGGAACAGCAAGUUGAUGAUCUGGAAGGUUCCUUGGAGCAGGAAAAGAAAGUCCGCAUGGAUCUUGAAAGAGCCAAGAGAAAGUUAGAAGGAGACUUGAAACUUGCCCAAGAAUCCCUAAUGGACCUAGAAAAUGAUAAACAGCAAUUAGAAGAAAAGCUGAAGAAGAAAGACUUUGAGUACAAUCAACUACAAAGCAAAAUUGAGGAUGAACAAACUUUGGGUUUGCAACUGCAGAAGAAAAUCAAAGAACUACAGGCUCGGAUUGAGGAAUUGGAAGAGGAGAUUGAGGCUGAGAGAGCAACUCGGGCUAAGGCAGAGAAGCAGCGGGCUGAUUUGGCACGUGAACUGGAGGAAAUCAGUGAGAGGCUUGAAGAGGCUGGAGGGGCAACUUCUGCUCAGAUUGAACUGAAUAAGAAGCGGGAGGCAGAAUUCCAAAAAAUGAGGCGUGAUCUGGAGGAAUCUGCCCUGCAGCAUGAAGCCAUAAUAGCAGCUCUCCGCAAGAAGCAUGCAGAUAGCACUGCUGAGCUUGGAGAGCAAAUCGAUAAUUUGCAGCGUGUCAAACAAAAGCUGGAAAAGGAGAAGAGCGAGUAUAAAAUGGAGAUAGAUGACCUGGCCAGUAAUCUUGAGUCUGUUACCAAAUCUAAGGCUAAUCUAGAGAAAAUGUGUCGUACAUUAGAGGACCAGCUUAGUGAACUAAAGGCCAAGUCUGAGGAAAACCAGAGAUCAGUGACUGAUCUAACGACGCAGAAAGCCCGUCUACAGGCUGAGGCGGGUGAACUGUCACGUCAACUUGAAGAGAGGGAGAGCAUAGUAUCCCAACUUUCCAGAAGUAAGCAAGCAUUUACCCAGCAAAUAGAAGAACUGAAGAGGCAGCUAGAGGAAGAGACCAAGGCGAAGAAUGCACUGGCCCAUGCCUUACAAUCAGCUCGCCAUGACUGUGACUUGCUCCGGGAACAAUAUGAAGAAGAGCAAGAAGCAAAGAGUGAGCUCCAGCGUGCUCUGUCCAAAGCCAAUAGUGAGGUGGCUCAGUGGAGAACCAAAUAUGAGACAGAUGCCAUUCAACGCACAGAAGAACUGGAAGAGGCCAAGAAAAAGCUGGCUCAGCGGCUUCAAGAAGCCGAAGAACAUGCUGAAGCUAUGAAUGCCAAGUGUGCUUCCCUGGAGAAAACAAAGCAGAGGCUGCAAUGUGAAGUAGAGGACCUGAUGGUGGAUGUUGAGAGAGCAAAUGCACAAGCAGCUGCUCUGGACAAGAAACAAAGGAAUUUUGACAAGAUUUUGGCAGAAUGGAAGACCAAGUAUGAGGAGAGCCAGUCAGAGCUGGAAGGCUCCUUAAAGGAGGCACGGUCCCUGAGCACUGAACUCUUCAAAAUGAAGAAUGCUUAUGAGGAGACGCUAGAUCAGCUGGAAACAAUCAAGAGAGAAAACAAGAAUCUACAGCAGGAAAUAGCUGAUCUUACAGAACAAAUUGCUCAAAGUGGCAAAAUGAUCCACGAACUUGAGAAGGCCAAGAAGCAAGUAGAGCUGGAGAAAUCUGACAUGCAGAUGGCUCUAGAGGAAGCAGAGGCUGCUCUUGAACAUGAGGAGGCCAAAAUCCUUCGCAUUCAGCUUGAGUUGACUCAGGUGAAAUCAGAGAUUGAAAGAAAGAUUGCUGAGAAAGAUGAAGAAAUUGAUCAGAUGAAAAGGAACUACCAAAGAACUGUGGACACGAUGCAAAGUGCAUUGGAUGCAGAAAUACGGAGCAGGAAUGAGGCUGUGCGGAUUAAGAAGAAGAUGGAGGGAGAUUUAAAUGAAAUGGAGAUCCAGCUGAGCCACGCAAAUCGUAUUGCAGCUGAGGCACAGAAACACCUCAGGAAUGUCCAAGGGCAGCUCAAGGACACGCAGAUACAUUUGGACGAUGCCCUCCGAGGACAAGAAGAUCUGAAAGAGCAAUUGGCCAUGACUGAGCGCAGAGCUAAUCUGAUGCAGGCUGAGAUUGAGGAGCUCCGGGCAGCUCUAGAACAGACAGAGAGGGGCAGGAAGAUUGCUGAACAAGAGCUUAUGGAUACAAAUGAGCGUGUACAACUCCUCCAUACACAGAACACCAGCCUCAUUAACACGAAGAAGAAGCUGGAAACAGAUAUUGCUCAGCUUCAAAGUGAAGUGGAAGAUGCCAUUAAUGAGGCCAGAAAUGCAGAGGAGAAGGCCAAGAAAGCAAUCACAGAUGCAGCCAUGAUGGCAGAGGAGCUGAAGAAAGAGCAAGACACUAGCGCUCACCUGGAGAGAAUGAAAAAGAACCUGGACCAGACAGUGAAGGAUCUGCAGCUUCGGUUGGAUGAGGCAGAACAGCUUGCUCUGAAAGGAGGGAAGAAGCAGAUCCAGAAAAUGGAGGCCAGGAUCCGAGAACUGGAGUCUGAGCUUGAGGGAGAGCAGAAGCGAGCUACAGAAGCCAUUAAAGGUAUUCGCAAGUAUGAACGGCGAGUCAAAGAACUGACUUUCCAGGGUGAAGAGGACAGGAAGAAUGUGAUCAGGCUACAGGAUUUGGUGGAUAAGCUUCAGAUGAAGGUCAAAUCCUACAAGAGGCAGGCGGAGGAGGCUGAUGAACAGGCCAACACUCACCUCUCAAAAUUCAGGAAAGUACAACAUGAGCUGGAAGAGGCUGAGGAAAGGGCUGAUAUUGCCGAGUCUCAGGUCAAUAAGCUUCGAGUAAAGACUAGAGAAGUUUCUACAACAAAGAUAGUAAUAGGAAGUGAAGAGUGAAUCCACUACAGGAGAGAAGAAGCUUGGAAUGUAUGCAAAAUGCAUGUGUUCCCCUGACAUUGCUCUAAAUUGUAGUAAUCCUGUAAUCUUUCCUCAACAGCCCCAAUAGAAAAUAAAUUUUGCUUUGCUUAAAGAA